AGGGAUUUCCUGAUCGUCCUAACCCUGCAUUUGCAAAAGCAAAAGCAGUAGCGAAUAAUCUGUUGUUACAGACAUUAUUCAUCUGCCAUGUAGGAAUGAGAACUUUAGAGUACCUGAGUACAUGUGGAACUGAUUUAUUGAUGACUGAGUAUAAUUUCCCUGAUCAUUUUGCACAGGCAGAAUCUCACCUGACUUUGAUGGAAAAUUUAGCUGGUAAUCCGGACGUUUGGAAGAAAGAGGAUGGGUCAAACGCCAUCAUUUACAACUAUUUUGAAGGUGACAUUAAUAGCAUGGUGGAUGCUCAUUUUAUCCGUGCCUUAAGCAAAGGCAGGCCAACUUCCAGCUACAGAAAAGGCCCAGUGGAGGACCGGCAAUUGGAAUGCUCAUCUUCUUUGGGUCCUGCGGGUCCUCAUAAGUCUUCAACACAUGCCCCACUUCAGACAGCUCUGGAGCCUCUCACAACCCCGCCUCUGUCCUUUGGUCUGACCAGUGAAACCCUGAACCUGCUGACUGGAGGGCCCGGGCAGGAACUGCCCUCUCUGUUCUACUCGCUGCCGGAGCCUGCUAAGGACCUUGACCUGAUGGAGAGAAAUUAUGUGAGUUCUCUGCUCAGAGUGAUGCACAGUGACCAGCCAGAACUGGGGACAGUAGUGGUGGCUGGAUCCAAGGCCGGGGUCCUCCACAGCUGGGCCCACAACCAUUUGUACACACAGCAGCCUAACCCCGAUCAAAGACAUAACUCUGGUAGAUUAUAUCUUCCUACUGACUAGAAACUGCAGUACUUCAUUAAUGUCUAUUGGUGCUAUGCAACGCUGAGCCAGAAUGUGACUUGUCAACUUCAGGAAACCUGACAUGCAUCUGUGUAUCUGCAUUAGCAUGUUGUGUAAGAUGUGCAGUGUAGCAAACGCCAUUAUCCAACAUCACCUCUUUCUUGAAGAGGUUUAUAAGGUAGUUUCAUUUAGCAGUUCUAUAUAGGGAUGUUGACUAAUUUAUUUUGGUGUCAGGGUUACAUGGUAUGGGCAUUACCUUCCACAUGCGUUUGUGAUGAUUAGGUUAAUGAAGUGUUUUUAAAACAGCUUUUGACUAUGCCUAUAACAUGGCAAUGUGCUUGGAUAUGGGCCUUUCUCUUCUGAUUUAUGCAACCUGAUAGUCUGGAAUCCAAAAACAGUGCGGCUGGAACAGAGAGCUCAAAUAACUAAUAAAAUCACCAAAAGAAGACUGAAAUAUGGUUUUGUUUUAUCAUCUGAAAUAUAUCAGGUAUUCUUAUUUCAUGAUGAAAGAUAAUUCAAAUCUGUUGUCGACAAACAUCGCGCCAGUGAAUCUGAAUAAUUUUGAAACAGCACUGCCAUCUAGUGACAGAUAAUGAUACUGACAGAUGAAAAGUACAAAGUAUUUUGGUAACAUAUUCAUUCAACCUUUAUUUAUUCUCGGAGAGUCAUUGAGGGUAGCCCUCAUUUUCAAUGAAGCCGAGAU